GAAUGCUCUUCACCCGUUCGUUACCAAUGCCCUGCGUUUCUAAAAGUCUUGGCUGAAAUGCUUGACUUCGGGCUUGCCUUUCACCGACAUAACAGUGGCUCUCCCCACUGAGCACGCCGGCGCCUUGCCGAAACAUCGGCACCCAUUAAUGCCGUACGCUGCGCCACGGAAGUACCCCACUGAGCUGAAUGAGCCCUCUGAAGGGACUUUGUUGUCACUAGCCACAAGCGCCUGUACACGCCCGCGCGUGUGCGCAGAAUCUGACGUCUGAACCCCCCCAUAUCGGAGUACACAAACCUUUCACAUUAAUGAAGAAACGUCCGUUCUGGGCCCAAAAUAGAAUCUCCUGCCGUUUCCCACCUCUACGUCACGCCAAUCCUUACAAUUCCAAACGAGCCACAACAUGCCGGGUCGUCUCCCCAGCGUCUCAGACUUUCCCUCGUCCGUAACGGCGUCCGUCACCCCGCCACCGGCCUCACAUCCACCAACAAACAUUCUCCUCUUGCUCCAUGGUCUAGGAGAUACCAAUGCAUCAUUCACUGCUUUAGGCCGGAACCUCAAUCUCCCCGAAACAGCAUGCGUGUCGCUUCAAGCGCCGAUGCCCUUACCGUUCGAACUCGGCGGUUUCCACUGGGGCGACGACAUCCUCUUCGACGAAAGCUCCAUGCGCAUGGAAUUCGACACUGGGUUUACGCGCUCCACCCGUCUGAUUGCAGAUGAAGUCAUUCGUCGCGUCUUAAUUGAUAAAUGCGGCUACCGACCGCGUGAAAUUGUUAUAUUUGGCUUCGGACAAGGCGGCAUGGCGGCGCUGGCAGCUACCAGGUCUUUGCUCCCUUCUCCUUCUUCCUCGACGUCAUCGUCUUCGGUCAGCGACAACGAGCUUAAAGAGCUCGGCGGAAUUAUAUCAAUUGGCGGACCCCUACCCGCAUCAACUACCACAUCUAUCUCAUCGUCUCCAGCCGCGGCGGUGAAAUCGAGAACACCUGUCCUCUUGUGCGGUGGUUCGUCACAAACGCUCGUUACUGCGUCGGCCCUAUCUCGUACCAAAGAUGCGUUUGAAUUCGUAGAAUAUACACGCUGGCGCAAAGUGGGCGAUAGCAUGCCGGGCAAUCGCGAAGAAAUGCUGCCUAUCAUGCAAUUUUUUGCACGCAGGCUGCGUAGUCGUCGUGGUGUGCCUCCGGGCAGCGUCGAACUCGGUUGAAUUGCUGAAAAUAUUCAAAACCAGCAAGCCAGCAGCAACAGAGCAUGUCUCAACUUCUUUCGUCCAGACAAAGGGUAUGCUUCCCAUGGUUUCGCUUCAUGCCUUACAAACCGUCAAGGGGUACUCAAGCUCUAGAUUCAUUCGGAUACGAAAAGUCUCAUGACCGCGCAUGAAACUGCGACUUCUCGUCACGGCCGGAGCGUUCAUCAAAUUUUCAAUCAGCGCCGUACAUAGUCCAUCGUUCCCACAACCAAUGGCAGCCACAUAGCAAGAAAAAAUGUGACAGCAGCAGCAGCAUCAUCUCUGAAAAAGAGGUCAUGCAACGUGGAACCCAAUAUUACCUUGUAUAUACCCUAUACUCAUCAGACUAUCUAAUGAAGCCCGAGAGAAACUUCUAGCGUAUUUAAUGUACAACUAUCGACACAAUUA